GAGCAGUGGUGGUGGUGGUGAGCGGUGCGGUGCGCAGUCAUCCCGUCAUCGUCAUCGUCGGUCGGUGUCCUCCCUUCGCCGAGUGCUCCCAAACCGUCCCUAACUGCCGAAACUUGCAAAUCGACCCGCCCGAACAUACCGACCGGCCCCGUGUGCACUCGCCUGUCAAAAUCAAGCAACGUCCGUGUCGCUCUCGCUCGCGGACACACUCGCCUUGAAUCCCCGUCCCUGCGAGCGUCUGCUCCCGUCAGAAUGGCAGGCGUCCUCAGCGUUUGCAAAUUGUCGCCUCGUCUGGGCAGCUCGCUGCUCUCCAGUUUAACGAAUGCGUCUCCCCGCACCUUGGCCGCGACCAGCGCUGCCAAGAAUUACUUCACCUACAGCAAGGAGCCCUCCCAGCCCGUUGACAAUGUCCCCAAGUUUGUGUCAUCGGCCGAGGCCGUCAAGUGCAUCAAGUCGGGAGACACUGUGUUUGUCAGUGGUGCUGCUGCUACUCCCAUCGACUUAGUGAAUGCUAUGACCGAGCAUGGCAAGGCCAAUAAACUGAGCAAGGUCACUGUCUGUCACAUGCAUACUGAGGGCAAGGCACCGUACACUGACCCAGAAUGUGAGGGAAUUUUCCGAUCACUGUCAUUUUUUAUGGCAGCCAAUGUCCGUCAAUCUGUUGCUGAGGGACGCUCUGACACAAUCCCUAUUUUCCUGAAGGAGAUUCCUCUGCUCUUCUUUAGGGGUAUUGUGAAGCCUGAUGUUGCUAUGAUCCAUGUGUCACCCCCGGAUCAGCACGGCUACUGCUCACUGGGUACCAGUGUUGACUGUGUCCGAGCCGGUGUUUCUUACUCGAAAACAGUCAUUGCCCAAAUUAACCCUCACAUGCCUCGCACCUUUGGUGAUGCUCAGAUCCACAUUUCUCACUUUGAUUAUGCUGUGAAUGUUGACACCCCACUCCCUGAUCAUGGUGGAAAGCCACCAUCCCCUGAGGAAGUGCAGAUUGGCAAGCUGAUUGCUCAGAAUUUAGUUGAGGAUGGUGCCACACUUCAAAUGGGUAUUGGCAACAUUCCUGACUCUGUUCUCAGUCAGCUGGGUAACCACAAAGAUCUUGGAGUGCACUCUGAAAUGUUCAGUGGUGGACUGGUUGAUUUGGUUGCCAAAGGUGCUGUUACAAACAACAACAAAACCCACAACAAGGGUAAAAUUAUUGGGAGCUUCCUCAUUGGCAAUAAGAAGCUGUACGAUUUUGUUGACAACAAUCCUUUCAUUGAAAUGAAGGAAGUUCACUAUGUGAAUGGAUUGCAUCAAAUUGCUCGCAAUCCAAAAAUGACUGCAAUUAAUUCCUGUAUGGAAAUUGAUUUAACUGGUCAAGUUGUGUCUGAUUCUAUUGGAACUAGAAUGUAUUCUGGUUUUGGUGGUCAAGUUGAUUUUAUCCGUGGUGCUGGAGAGGGCUAUGAUGGUAAGGGAAAGCCUAUCAUUGCAAUGGCUUCCAGGAGCCCAAGGGGUGUGUCUAAAAUUGUUCCAACCAUCAAAGAAGGUGCUGGAGUUGUUACCAGCCGCGCCCAUGUUCAAUAUGUGGUCACUGAGCAAGGUAUUGCAUCCCUCUUUGGCAAGUCUCUUCGCCAGCGUGCAUAUGAGCUCAUUAAAAUUGCUCACCCUGAUGUCAGGGAAAGCCUUGAGAAGGCCGCCUUCGAAAGGCUCAAGGUUAUGCCUAGCCCAUAAAUUUAAUUCUGGUGAUUCCCUAUGUGAAAAAUGUUGAGUUUUACCAACGUAAACAGGUGUACAAACAACCUUAGAUGUAUUAAUUUAGUCUUUGUCUGGAGGUUGUUAUGUGUAGCAGUAAGAAUGUGUAGCAUGAAAUGUGCCAUUUACAACCUCUUUCAAUUUUUUUUAAACUCUAUUUUCUGUGCCUGUAGAAAUUGAUUCUUGAUAAAGAAUUUGCACACUGCACCUCACAAAGACUUUUCACUUAGACUAAAACAUUGUGACGGCUAAGCACAUACUUUCUACUUUCUUUUUAGGAAUUUUUGAUGGAAACAGCAGAGCUGUCUUGUGAUACCUGUUUGUAAAACUUUUGAAGUGAUUUUUCAGUAAUAACAAAGUUGUCUCAUGUGUACUUUUGAAAAUGAGAAGGCUAUACUUUAGUGGAUGAGGCUAUACUGUACCUCUGCCUGAUGAGGCUUGUGCUGGGCUUUUCCUGUUUGGCUCUGCCAAAUUUUGUUGCUGUUGUGAUAAAUCUAAUGACAUUGUGCACCAUGUUGACAUUCUGUUAGAAGCAGUAAAUAAACUCCUCUGCCUUUUAUGUAUUAUGUACUGCAAGUUACCACAUAAUGUAAUAUGAUCUAGAUUAUGUGAUUUUUUUUCUAAUAGUUUAUACAUGUCGUGACCCUUUAAAGCUGCUGAUGUUUAAUAUGUUGAAGAAUGAAAUGUAAAGAGUAAUUUUGCAUAUCUGUAUGUAUUUUUAUCAGCAAGUCUGAAGUACCCUGUACAAAUGAUGUUCUGACCCAAUAAGUAUAAAUGGGCAACAUCAUCCUAGAGGAAACCAUUGAUUGAGCUUGCCACACUUUUUUAGUUUUAAGAGUGAAUUUAAGGUUUUAUUCCAACUAUUUUAGGAAGCUAAUGACCAUCAGUUUUAUAUUGGUCUUUAGUGGUUCCAAUUUGGACCGCCUUGUCUCCUUUUAGACUGUAUCACUCGUGUUUACAUGCCAUGCUUUUAGUACAAUCAGUGACAAUGUUAAAAACGCUUGUUAUUAUUAAAAUUCACUGAAAUUCAA